AUGUCGUCAAUUGAGGAGAAGAAUACGAAGAGUUCGAUUAAGGACGCCAAUAAGGUUAUUGAUGGUAAUCCACCACAUGCAUACAAGAAGGCCAAUUCAUUCUUUGAAAAUAAAUUAGGAACACUUAGCGUCUAUGAUAUAAUAAUAUCUACGCUAAUUAUAACCAUUUUCCCUUAUUACUUGUUAAACAUGAGUGAUCUUUCUUUCACUAGAGACGUAAAUACACAAGAGGCUAAAUUACUGGACUUGAUUAACCAUUAUAAGAAAAAUGAAUUCAUUUUGAGUUUCACAGGCCCAUAUACAUGCUAUAUAUUGUCUCAUUUGUUUGCUUACAAUUUAAGAUACGUCUCGUUAGUAUUCGGUACAGGUAUCCUAUUGAACAUAUAUUUAAUUUUAAGACGAUCCAAUAUCGAUUUAGUAUUUUCUACCAUUCCUAUAAUCACAAUAGGCCACCUUCCACUAUUCCAAGAAUUAUCUUCUGAAAUUUCGGUUGAUCCAAUUUUUAUCUACUUCUUAACUCUAGUGAUAUUUUUUUGGAAUACAUUAAGAAUCCAAAACAUUUAUGCUACCUUUAAGAUUGCUAGAUUAUCAUUUGUAUUAUCCAUUCUAAUAGGGUUAUUAAUGUCUACAAAAUUCAUUGGAUUUAUGACUUGGUUAUGGAUAAUGAUUAUUUCAGUUCUACAAUUCUGGAAUCUAAUAUCUGAUGUCACAUUAUCUACCGGAAGAAUUAUUAAGGUUACAAUGGCUAAGUUUUCCUUCUUAUUUACAAUUCCAUUAAUCGUUUUCAAUGUGAUGGAAUACGAACAAUUAAGAAGUUGGAAAAUUGAUUCCCCUGAAUAUUCACAAUAUAUGUCAUCUGUUUUCCAAACUUAUUUACGUGGAGUUGAACAAGUCCCCACCACUGUAAAUUAUGGUGCAGUUAUAAGAAUUCGCCAUUUGAACUCUCUAGGAGGUUAUUUGACUUCACAUAACGAAACAUACCCUGGUGGCUCCCGUGAUCAAUUGAUUACUGUUUCGGAUAUCGAAGAUACCGAAUGGAAUAAAUGGAUCCUUGAACCCUCAGAAAGAUCAGACAUCAACGAAGACAUCAACGAGAGCCAUCAUGUGGUACUGAGACAUAAGGUAACAGGUAAAUUACUGAGGGUAUCAUCAGCCAAACCACCAAUCAGUGAACAAGAAUACGAUAAGGAGGUUUCAUGCACAGGUGAUUCAGAGUAUGCAGGAAACAGGGAUGAAUAUUGGAGAUUAGAAACUACCAAAUUACAUGAACCAUUAAGAAAUAAUCUGAAGAUACAAUUGAGGAACAUUGGUCAAAAUUGCCAGUUACUAAGUCACGAUAUUAGAUUAACAUCAGAGUGGGGUAAGAAUGAACAAGAAGUACUAUGUGUUGAACCAGCUACACAACAAUUUAGUACAUGGGAAGUCAUUGUAGUUGAACAAAGCCCAUUGAAGAAAGAUACUAAAUUUGAAUCAUUUGGUAUUGAUAAAUCUACACUGUCUAUAGCUGAUAAGGAUAGUUGGAAGUUAAUUAUCGAAGUUCUAAGAAGACAAUUCAGAUACGAUUAUUUUGUAAAAAAUUAUAAAUUGAAAGAUAUGAAAAUAACACAAUGGCCAUUUAUAUUAAACGAUAAUCCAUUUAUCAUCCAUUGUUGGUUUUCUUCUAUUGUUGCAAUCGCUGUAUAUAUUGGGUGGGUUUCUAUCCAAUGUAUUAAGAUAAAUCCAUGGGAUGACGACAGUGAAAACAAUAAACUUUCCACCCCCUCAACCUUAAUAUUCAAUGAAACUACAUUCGAAUGUUUCAUUGGUUGGUUAUUACAUUAUAUCAUUUUCUCCAAAGCCAAACACGAUAAUCUUGGUUUGGUCGCAUACUUGCCAAGUUAUAUAUUCGGGGAAAUACUUUUUGGUUACUUGAUUUAUUCAUUAUAUAACUGGAAGCAUGUGACACUAACAGUUUGGGUUGUUUACUUAAGUAUUCUAGUGUACAGAGUUCGUAUGUAG